AAGAGAUAGGACGGUCUUCCUUCUCUCUCUCUCUCUCUCCCUCGUUUCAUUUUUGUUUUUGGUUUUCCCCUUUCCCCUCUUCCAAGAACUUUCUUUCUGCUUCUUCAUCGAGAUCGAUUUUCUUCAUCCUUUCUUCUUCUUCUAAUUCUUCAAUUUAUUUGUUUUUUUUUCCUGGUGGGUUCGAUUCAGAUUUCUUUUGGGUUCUCCUUCAUCGUCGUUGUUGUCGUCAUCAUCAUAGGCACAGAGAUGAGACCGCUUCAGCCGCCGCAGGGUGUAAAUCCGGCCACCGAUCGUCCUCGUCGCCGCCCGAAUCUAACCCUUCCUCUUCCGCAGCGGGACAAUACGUCUUUGGCUGUUCCCCUCCCUUUGCCUCCGACGUCUUCUAACGCCGCUCCUCCUCCUUCCACCAGUCAACUCCACAACGGCAACCGUCCACCGGAGCCUCAGCCGCAGAAGCAUCAGGUUUUCAGCCUCGCCGACUUUGAGCGAGUCAGUCGAAUCGGAAGUGGAUGCGGAGGCACCGUCUACAAAGUGAUUCACCGUCCCACCGCCCGCGUCUAUGCUCUGAAGGUCAUUUAUGGAAACCACGAGGACGCGGUUAGGCUUCAGAUGUGCCGUGAGGUUGAGAUCCUUCGCGACGUUGACAAUCCCUAUGUGGUCAAGUGCCACGAUAUGUUCGAUCACAACGGCGAAAUCCAGGUUCUCCUUGAAUACAUGGAUCGAGGCUCCCUGGAAGGAACGCACAUCCCUCAAGAACAUCAUCUCUCCGAUUUGGCUCGCCAGAUUCUCAGCGGCCUCGCUUAUCUCCAUAGCCGCCGCAUCGUACAUCGCGACAUCAAACCCUCGAAUCUCCUAAUUAAUUCCCGGAGGCAGGUUAAGAUCGCCGAUUUCGGCGUCGGUCGAAUCUUGGAACAGACGAUGGAUCCUUGCAAUUCCUCCGUUGGAACUAUUGCGUACAUGAGCCCCGAGAGAAUCAAUUCCGAUCUAAAUCAGGGCCAGUACAAUGGCUACGCAGGGGAUAUUUGGAGUUUUGGGGUUAGCAUAUUGGAAUUCUACCUCGGACGGUUUCCUCUUGCCGUGGAGAGGCCUGGGGACUGGGCGAGCUUGAUGUGUGCUAUAUGUAUGGCUCAGCCACCGGAGGCGCCGCCCACCGCGUCGCCGGAGUUUCGCCAUUUUAUUGCCUGUUGUUUGCAGAGAGAAGCUCGGAAGAGAUGGACUGCAGCUGCACUACUGGAACAUGCGUUCAUAGCGGGGAAAAAUGGAGCGGCGAGUCAGUACCAGAAUCAGCAAACUCAUCACCAGAAUCUUCGUCAACUAUUACCUCCGCCGCCCCUUCGUCCUUCCAGCCUUUCUUGAGGGAGAGAGAAGAGACUGAUAAUUUCUCAUAUUGGUUUCUCCUUUUUUAUUUCUUGAAUUACUCUGUCUUCCUAAGAAGCAUGACGCCAUUGUUGUCCUGUAAUUUUUCUGGAAUAGCCGAAGGAAUGGGGAAAUGAUUUGCUGGAUCAGUAAAUCUGUAAUCUUUUGCCGAUGGCUUAAAUUCAAGCCUUCUCGAAUUUGAUCUAGCUUCUUUCCCUUAACUCUUCAAGCUCUUUAGAUUAGACUGUGGUGUUGUUUUGGAUAUAUGGGUUUUCAUUUCUUGCUUCUCU